UCAAACCAAACCAUAGAGCUUCAAACACACGAAGGAAAACAGACGACACUCCACUUUUUCCUGCUUAACUCACACAAGAUACACAGAAACAUGCCUAAAAACAUGCCUAAAGUACCACCCAAGAAAAAACUGAAGCAGACAGACCUUCGGAUCUCCUUUCAACAGAGUCGUGUAGGACAGAAACAGACUGCCAGAGAUGAUACAUCUGGGGAGAAGUCACAAGCGAGUGACAAUGUUCAGAAAACGACGGCUCCUUUAGUUAAGAAAGAAGUUGAAGCGGGACCCUCAAAAGAUCUGCAGCAGGAAGUUGAAGAGAAAAAACAUUUCAAUUUUUGUAUAAACUCUAAGUCUCAGACAUAUUCAGUUGUGUGUACAACUUCCAUGACUGUGCUUGAGGCUCUCAAUAUAAGCAAAAUUUUCAGAACUGAGAAAGACAAACAGCAGAACAAACAGAAAGAAAUACUCAUCCAAAGAUCCAAUGGAAAAGUUCCUAGAGCUGCUGUGAAGACCGAUUUCCCCUGCUGUCUUAUUGAAGAAGAUGAGCUCUUAGACAUAACCUUCAUCCAAAAGGAUGGAAAUAGUUCUACAAAUCAACAAACAACUAUAGAUCUUUCACUCCUUAGUAAACCUGAAAAAUUAGUCACCUUUUUGGUUGAAAAAGAAGGAGGGCCAACCGUGACACGUUUACUGAAGAGCGCAGCUUUGAGAAAAAUUGUUCGUUAUGUUUGUGUGUUUGCAUUCAAAGGAGAGGAAAUCAAAACUGCUCUUGAACGUGACGGAAGAUUUAACGAUGUCAUUUUCGAGAAAACAUGUGCACUUUCUGAGUCUGGUACAGUGAUAAAACAUGAAUUUGUAUUAGAUGUAACAAAAACGCUUAACAAAAAGACUUUCCAGGUAGUUGUUAGCCAGGGUGAUAUGACUCUUGUCAAAACUGUGCCUAAUAAAGCUUCAGAUGCUGAUGCGGUAGAAAAUGCCAGGCCAAGUCAGAAUGCCAUCAACACUGAGCAAGAAAAAAAACAAGAUGGAAACGCAACAAAGUCUACCAAUCCUACGGUUUGUCUACCACUGUCUACCCAUCAUGCUCAAAAGCUGUAUGUAGUUAAAGCCAUAGACAAAUCUAAAGAGAUUGCGAAAAUUCUGCGUGAUCAGUGUGAAGAUUUAUGGAAGACGGUAAAGGAGCGAGAGAAACUAAAGAAUAACCCUGAUGUCCAGAAGUUCUUCAGAGAAGAAUAUCAUAAAAGUGUUGAGAAUUUUUCGGAGGUGAAGAAAGUGAGGGAGCUCGUAAGACUCUCUGACUCUGUGUGUCAGAUUCGAGUGGAGGGAUCC